AUGAUUUUAUAAAGAUUAAAUAGACAUGGACAGAAGUAUGUUUGGUGUCAAACUACCAAAACAAUCAGAGUAUAACGAACUUUACAUAUUCAUCGUUGUAGGGAUACUCAUCUCGUCGACAGAUGCUGUAACCCUGACCGGGUCGUCUGAGUACGCUGUCCCUGGGACUGAGUUUACACUGACGUGUGAUGUACCAGAGGAGGCCACCAUUGUCCAGUUUUACCGCCGUCCUGACGUCACUUCUCCAGUAGGUAGUGUACAAGUAGGUGGUGACCAAUGUUACAACGUCAUAGUCAGCCCCGCCGUCCCCUGUACACCGGAUGUGUGUUCCUGUGUAACGUCUGGAGUAAGGCUUGGUACAGUGUUCCGGUGGAUCAUACAGCCACAGACGGGAGACCAUGGAUCUUUGUGGUACUGUACACGUACCAACCUUAACCUACCCGACCAGACACUGGGCAGUGAUAACUAUACACUCACUGUAGCAGACGGCCCCGGUACCUCCAUAGCGCUGUCCCCGUCCGACACUACCUACACCAGGACAGAGUGGGACACGUUACCGGACAUCACCUGUACAGCGGACUGUAGACCUAGCUGUACCUUUGUCUGGAUACGACCGGACAACACUAACUUUACUGUCUCACCUGUGUUGUUACUGGGACAACUGGACAGAUCAGAACACGGGACGUACAGGUGUACUGCUAGGAAUGUUGUCGGGGAGUCGACUAUAAUAACUAGUGUUACUGUACUGUAUGGACCUGGAGACAGUGUUGUAUUUGAUCCACCACAAUACAGUGUAGACAUUAUUGAGAAUCAGACCAUCUCAGAUGUCAGGUGUUCCGCCGACUGUAGACCAGCGUGUACCUACACCUGGUCUAGAUCAGGUACAGAUUACACAAACCCACUAAGUCUGUCUGUGGCCACGAGGACCACCGCUGGACAAUACACGUGUACAGCCAGAAACACUGUCAAUCAGGGAACAAAGACUUGGAACCUUAUUGUCAGAUUUCCACCACGAAUUCUCAGUCUUGAUUACACUGACGGUGAUUCUGACGUGACUGAACAUGGACCUAAGUCACUGGUGUGUUCGGUGGAGAGUUUCCCUCCGUCCACAAUACAGUGGUUCUAUAAAGCCAACAACACAGUUCUACUGACCACCCCAGACGUCCUGGAGAGUACUUACACCCUGACUAACGCUGACUGUCUGGACACCGGACUCUACACCUGUUCUGUCAGGAACAGUGUCUCUAAUACAGCGGUUACCAGGGAUAUACCGGUCAACGUUCUGUGUGAACCACGUCGAGUCGCGAGAAAUGAAACUGACCAAACGUAUAAUUUAGAAACAGGUGAUAUUUUAGUCAUGAAUGCAUUGUUCCUCUCGAAUCCGGAGCCAACUUUCUCUUGGUCCUUCCAAGCAUCACCGAACACAGUUGUUACACCUUUAGUCGACGGAACAGACAAUUUUGCUAUCCAUAACACCUUUGUGAUGGUGAACCUGUCUGCCGUAUCGGUGGGGACACGUACAGAUAUACGGGAGGCCUGGUAUGGAGUCUACAGUGUAACGGCCACGAACAGUCAGGGCAGUAACACGUUCAGUUUUAUAGUGGAAGGAAAAGACAUGCCGAAACCAACGAAGAGUUUAUCAGUCAGCUGUGGAAAACUCCAUUCCGUCGAGGUGAUGUGGACAAAUGGUGGAAACACCGAGUACUUUCGUGUUUUAUACAGCACCGACAACUUCCUACAGUCAGUUAUAGAUCCAGCGACGAUCUACAAACAGGUGGACGGAGAUGACGUGUACAGUGUAACAAUCGAUAAACUAGAUGGGGGACAGCUGUACUUCUUUAAGGUUGUAGCAUACAACUCGGACGGUAACAUCACAUCACUUGCGUCUUCGGGAUGUAGAGUUCAAGAAGAUAUGUCCUGUAGCCCUAACAGCCUGUACGUACUAGGAAGUGUACUGACGUGUAUAGGCGGCCUAAUGAUCAUGGUAGCUUUUGGACUUGGACUCUUCAUCACUCGAAAAGGGCGUCUGCCAUUUCGUUCCAGUAAAUGUCAGCAACGCAAGAGCCAGGGAUUCGAUAACGUGCAACUUUCAGGACGAGCAAUGAUUACGCAAGAAGGCGAAAGAUCGUACCAGGAACUUGAUACAAGCCAAGUAGCCAAAGCCUCAGUAUAUUCUGAAAUAAGAACACAAGAAAUUGGAGGUGACAAUGAUGAUGAAGCCAAUCAGAGCAGUAACUACGAGUCGUUGGAAGGACGGUCCAAACCAAACGUCUAUGAGGAACUACAAACCGCUUCAUCUGGUAGCAGCGCUUUAUACACUAAUACCACCAUAGCGAAGGGCACUGCUCAACAUGACAUAUGAAACGUCAUAAGGAAGAUUUAGUUUACUUUCUGGGAAUGUAAACACGUACAAACGAAAAAGUUGUUUUGAGAAGUUAAUGCCCAUUGAGUGUCACACAUUUAUUUGUCAGUAUUUGAUACACUAGUUUGAUGUUGUCAGUAUUUGAUACACUAGUUUGAUGUUGUCAUUUUGUGAUUCGUUGCGACCAGGAAACACAUUUCCGCUUAUUUCAGUGUACUGCACAUAAUCCCGGGAUCGUUCCUGUAAUGUGAGAUCUGAAAUGUACAGGAAGUAUGUGAUCGAGCUAAAAGCGUGCAACUGAAGUGGGUUCAUAUAUGAUUAAUAUAAAAUGUCCAUGUAUCUAGGUUACCAGCAAUGCACAUUUAAAGUAGAAUCGGGAUAAACAUCUAACAUCAUGAAAAUUCAUAUAAAGUUUUACAGAUUUCUUAUAAACUCAUAUCGCGAUGGUGAUAAUAACAUUUAAAACAGGAUAAAAGGAAUAUAUUUUAUCCUUACAUAUGGAAUUUAUAAUUUCGAAAAGUUAACGUCUAUUAGAGAAACAUAUACCUAGUAUUGUCAGCGUCAAUGAUUGAUUUGUUUUAAAUGGAUUUGUAAAACAUCUUCUUUGUGACGUAAUAUGUACGUUACCGUCGAGUAAAGCGGUACACGACAGGUUGUCCCUGCACAGAUUCCUUACCUAUUGUAUUCCUGUCACACACAAAGAGAUUUAAGAAGAUUUUUUCUUCACUACUGUUGGUAUUUAUCAUAAAGGGAAUUUAAUGUUGUUGCUUUAUACAUCAAUUCAAAAACAAUAAUAAUAAAAAAGAAGUAAAAAGAGGGAAAAGAAGAAUAACUUCGUUUUAUCAUCAAAAUGCAUUUUUGAUUUGUUAUGUAUAAUCUGGUACUUUCUUUAUCACAUUAUAUGUCAAACCAGAACAGACACAUGUAAAAUAUCUAUAAAGCAUUUCUGUAAAAUGUUGUAUUUGCGAAAAAAUAACUAAACAAAAUAUAGAAAAAGUCCACAAUAUUUGCAUACAGAGUUGGCGCAGUAGUGUAACAUUUUGGGUUUUAUUAACUUGAUUUCAUAUAGAAGUUAUCAUUAUGCUGAGUUUUGAUACCUUAUUCACAUCCAAAAACAUAGUUUGGAUAACAGACUACGGUAAAGUACAAUUCGAGACGCAUUAGAUGGAUUAACUUACAUUUAUAUAUUGUAUGGAAUAUAUUAUAUAUAUAUUUCUUUUAAAUUUCAUCAUUCGAACAUAACUUGCUCUCCAACACUGGAUGAUAUUUUCAGAUCUGCUUUCUUAUAUUCAUUUUAUUAUUUAAAGUUUAAUAUCAGAUACUUGUACUCAACCAUUUUUUUCCCAAACAUCCACAAAUCUUAAUAAUAUCAUACAUUUUUAUUUCUGAUUUCCUAUUGCACAUAUAAAGUUCAGCUUAAUGGCUAAAAUUAUAUCUGUUCAAACCAUAAUUAUCACAAUCAUUUCUUUUCACAUAAUCUCACAACUUGCAUUUUUAGCAUAACAACGUAAAAUUUAUAACACCAUACUCUACUCCUCUCGUGAACUUAUCGGGCAUCAUAGAAAUAUAGUAUACAGUUUUUGAAAGUCGUAUAAAUGCCAUGUUGUUUAGAGAUAGUAUUUGUUUUCUUCAUCUAUAUUACUA